UUGUUUUAACCUUAGGCUGCUGCUCAUCUUCUCACUCUUGAUGGUAAAGCAAACUGGUGUGGCAAUGGCUAGUUCUUAUUUUCAAAUGGUUGUGAGCAUUAUGGAUUUCUAACUUUCUGAUUUGUCGUAUAAGGAAGAAGAUUAUGACCUGUUCUUUUUAUCAUGUUCUGAAUUGAAAUAAUCACCACCUUACCCUUUUUAUUUUUACUCUUUUGAGAGGACCUCUCUCUCAGCUAAGAUCCAUUCAUUCACCUGGUAGAACAUGGUUUUGAACAGAUUGUGUGGUUUGAAACUUUGAAUACAAUACUUUUAGUAUUUAAAUGUCCUUGACAUGUUUUGUCUCCGCUUGAUCACACAUCUUUUUCAUAUGUUGCUUGUUUUAGUUUUUAAUCACGAUUUUAAGUAUUUGGAUCCAAUAUGUUACAUAUAACACCAAAUACAGCAUUGCAAAAUAAUUUUAAUAUUUGUUAUGUUUGGGAUUAAUGAUUUGAAUUUGAGAUUGGAAAAAGUUUAGUUUAAAAUUUGUAUUAAAAAAUUUCAAUUCCAAAUUCAAGGUCUGAUCCUGCUUUUAUAUUAAACUAUAUACAAACAGAAUAUAUAUAUAUUUGAUACGUAGAUGUACGAGCACUGCACUGUGCCUUGUGCUAGCUAAUAAACUACUAUCUCUGUUUUCAAUUUUUCAAACACCGACUAUUUGUUUUUAUUUUAUUUAAAAAAUAUAUUAUUUUUUAUUUUCAGACUUUUAAAAAUUAUUAUCAUAAAUCUGAAUAAGGCAAUUUAAAAGUCCUAUUACCAAAAUUAUAUCAUUAUGAUUGUCACAAUUUAAAACGAAUAUAUCAAAUCAUAUUGUUUUUGCAUUAACUCAAUUCAACUCACUAGUCUUUCUAUUCAAAUAUUCUAUAUAUAUUGGGACGGUCUAAAUUCCUAACAUCAAUCUAUUCCCGUAUCAUCAUUUUUUUAUUAAAUUUUUCUCACGUAAAUUUUGUUUUUCUUCCUUCAACUUUAUUUUUGAUGUGAAUUAUGUCACAUUCUUCCUAAUUAAUAAUGCGUUGGUGUUACCUUUCUAAAAUAAUAAUAAUAAUAAUAAUAAUGUGUCUGUGUUGUUUGCUUAUAUCCAAAGCCCAAACAAACUUAAUCUAUUUGAUUUCAUUUUACAUAUAAUAGAUGCUACUUUAACAAUAUCACAAAAUAGAAUGCUACUUCUCCAAAUACAACCUAGGGAGUAUUUUUUACCACUCUCAAAAAUAGAAUGCUGGGUCAUUUAUUUAUUUUUAUUUUUUUUGGAAUUUUUCCUUAGAGAAAAAACUUAUUAUUAUUAAGAACUUAUUACUAAUUUUUAGUUUUUGCUACUGAAACUUUCAACAUUUCUUUUCUCCAAUUGACUUCGUACUCACCUUCACACCGUUUCUCUCUCUAUAUGUGAUUAUCCAAAAAACUUCCAUCCUAGUCACUGCCAUUAUAUAUUCGCUUCUUCUCUCUCUCUAUCUCUUUAUAUACUUCUUUGAUCCACAGCUAUAAUUUCUCACUAAAUUGUUAUAGUUCUCAUAUUUUGGACUGUUUGAUGCUUUUUAAUUUCUGGGUGUUCUUUGUUUUACUUUCUGGGUGUUCUUUGUUUUACUGAUAUAUACACACACACAUAUAUAGACAACCAUGAACGCCCUCGCUGGCACGAACCGCAACUUUCGCAAUGCGGCUCGCAUUCUUGGGUUGGACGCUAAGAUUGAGAAGAGUCUCCUCAUCCCAUUCAGAGAAAUCAAGGUGGAGUGCACGAUUCCCAAGGAUGAUGGAACUCUGGUAUCUUACGUUGGAUUCAGAAUUCAGCAUGAUAAUUCUCGUGGGCCCAUGAAAGGAGGGAUCAGAUACCAUCCUGAGGUUGACAUUGAUGAGGUAAAUGCUCUGGCUCAACUAAUGACUUGGAAGACUGCUGUCGCAGAUAUUCCAUACGGUGGAGCCAAGGGUGGAAUUGGGUGCACACCAAGGGAGUUGAGUAGGAGUGAACUAGAACGUCUUACCCGUGUCUUCACUCAAAAGAUUCAUGAUCUUAUUGGAGUUAAUACUGAUGUUCCAGCACCAGAUAUGGGAACUAAUGCCCAGACUAUGGCAUGGAUUUUGGAUGAGUACUCAAAAUUUCAUGGUCACUCGCCCGCUGUUGUGACAGGAAAGCCCCUAGAUCUAGGUGGAUCACUGGGUAGGGAGGCCGCAACUGGACGUGGUGUUGUUUAUGCCACGGAAGCUUUACUUGCUGAAUAUGGGAAGUCUAUUAAGGAUUUGACAUUUGCAAUUCAGGGUUUCGGAAACGUGGGAUCUUGGGUUGGAAGACUCAUUCAUGAGAGAGGUGGUAAGGUCAUUGCUGUGAGUGACAUCACUGGAGCGGUUAGGAACCUAAAUGGAAUUAACGUACCAGAUUUGUUUAAGCAUAAAGAAGCAACAGGGAGCUUAAAUAAUUUCACUGGUGGAGAUGCCAUGCCUCCCAACGAAUUGCUGGUACAUGAAUGUGACGUUCUCAUCCCAUGUGCUUUAGGUGGAGUUCUGAACAGAGAAAAUGCUGGAAAUGUGAGGGCUAAGUUUAUCAUAGAAGCGGCAAAUCAUCCUACCGAUCCUGAGGCAGAUGAGAUUCUUUCUAAGAAAGAUGUUAUAAUACUCCCUGAUAUAUAUGCCAAUUCUGGUGGCGUGACUGUCAGCUAUUUCGAAUGGGUUCAGAAUAUUCAAGGUUUCAUGUGGGAUGAAGAGAAGGUGAACAAUGAGCUUCGAAGGUAUAUGAUAAGAGCUUUCGGUAACAUCAAGAACAUGUGCCACUCACACAAUUGCAAUCUCAGAAUGGGUGCCUUCACACUGGGGGUGAAUCGGGUUGCACGCGCCACCCUACUAAGGGGUUGGGAAGCAUAACUAGUUUUCGUUCUAUUUCUCUUCUUUCUUCAGAUAUAUUAAUUGUUAUAGCUAAACAGAGAUUCAGCUUUGUGCCUUGUAUCAAGGUUUUCUUCUGUCCUCUUCUUUCUGUUUUUAAUAUUUUAUUUUUCCUAGAGAUUGAUCAUUGUAUCCGUUUGGAGUAUUCAUUUUAAUGAAAAAUAAGAAGAAAAACGGAAUAACAUUCCACCAAUGUGUUUUGAGACUC